UGCACCGGUGGGAUAUUCACAUUUGAGAAGAUAACAGGCUACGUUCUUAGGUCAGCAGGUACUCGGGCUAUUCCUCUGUCGAAUCCUGGAGCUUUGGGAAUCACGCUUCAAUGUAAAGACUUCUGUCAGAAAGCUGGGCUCAACUGUCCAGCUUUCACCGUCAAUUACCGAAACAUGCGGUGUGAUCAGCUGGACCGCAAUUCACAAGGCCGGACGCGGGAGUUGGCACUCCGAACAGCGGAAAAUUACUUUGAAAGGUCGUGUCUAAGAGGCCAAGCAGCAAUGGCCUGCCAGGGCAAAGCCUGGGCCUUCGAAAGAGUCUUGGGAUAUGAGAUGUCUCCCCACUUGUACGAGAGGUCAAUCCCGCUGGUCCAGAGCAGGAGAGAUUGUGAAGAAUCGUGCUUAAAUCAAGUCAGUUUCACGUGUCGGUCUGCCUUCUAUAACGAAGAGACUACUGAGUGUAAGCUUUGCAGGGAAGACAGAAGAACCAGACCUACAGACUACAAGCCAAACAACAAUAUAAAAAUCAGCUACCUGGAGAACCAGUGUAUUACAGCCAGCCCUUGUAACUACGUGGAAACAUCUAAUGCUUUUCCUACAUACACCGAUGUUGUACAAACUUCUGGAAUCAUUACCCAGGAGAGCUGCGAGCGCGCCUGCACCACCUACUCGACUUUCAACUGUCGUUCCUUUGCUUUCUACUCCAGCAGUGGACAGUGUUUCCUCAGUGGAGACGAUACAGCCAGUGCUGGUCAAGACGCUGCUCAGGGACGUUCAGGAAUCAACUAUUUCGAAAGAAAAUGUGAGACUGGACCUCCCACCCCAAGCUCAUCAUACACUCCGUUUCCACCCACGCCCACAUUUACACCUCCUCCAGGCCAGAAAUGCCAAUUUAAUGAACAGCUAGCCUACGACAAGGUCACAGGUUAUGAACUCGUUGCUGUAGCAGGAAGUUCUCUUUAUCAAGGAAGUCCAUCAUCCCCAGGCAUUAGUUACGAGUGUCUUCAGAAGUGCCGCAUCACUACUGACUGUCGAGCAUUUAAUCUGGACUAUCAGAGGCAGCACUGUACUGGCCUUCGAUAUACUAGUGCUGAUCGCCUGUAUGAUCUCAGACCAUCUUUCGGAAAGAGUUACUUUGAAGGAAUCUGUCUACCAAAUAUAUCAAGAUGCUUAUAUAAACCAGUUGAGAGAGAUCAAUACAUGUUAUACACUGCUAAAUCAGUAACCGGAGCGACCUCUACAUUUCAAUGUGAAAAAGAAUGUAAUCAGGAAAGAGAAUUCACAUGUAGGUCUUACACCUUCGUUGAGCAAGGUGGUUUUGUUGGUGGAAAUCAAUGCUUGUUGAGUGGUGAAAGCAGGGAAACUAACCAGGAGAGGGCGCUUCAAUUUCGCUCAAGAGCCUUGUACGCAGAGAAAAACUGUCAGGGUGGUUCUGUUACAGUACUCCCUACAUCGUCGACACUACCCCCUUUUAGUACCUAUCCUACUUUCCCUCCCACUUACCCACCCCAAGAAAAGUGUGUGCUCGACCAGUACACGUAUGAAAAGACGUCGGGAUACGAUUUUCAGCUCGGGCGGAGGGAACUUAUUCGGGUACGGGGUGUGAUAGGAAUUGUUGGGGAAUGUCAAAAUGCCUGCCAGCGGUUGGGGGACAGAUGUCGAGCUUUUGUAAUUCAAUAUGGAGAAUAUCAACGAUGUUUUUGGUUGGACAAUGCUGCUGUGGAUAAUUCUGAUGCUCUAACCUCUACCCCAGGCAUGACGUACUUUGAAAAGAUAUGUUUAAGAGGACGACCUUGUUCUAAGCUUUGGGCGUUUGAACGUGUUCCUGGUUUUGAGCUUCAAGAACCACCAGAACGAGAGAUCCCAGAUGUUGCCACAAGAAAAGAUUGUGAAGACUACUGCCUUAACGAACGACAGUUUUUGUGCCGAUCAGCUACCUACUUUUAUGGUAAUCGAAUCUGUCGAAUGUCAUCCGAGACCCGCCGAACACGGCCGAAGUCUUUCCAGCGAGCAACGGGCGUGGCUGACUAUUUAGAAAAUCAAUGUACACCAGAGCCUGCGACAUGCCAAUAUCAGGACUUCCUGAACCGCUUCUUGCCUAAGAUUGACCGUCUUCUGCGGACGUUGUCGUUACCUGAAUGUCAACAGCGUUGCGACGAAGAACGUAGAUUCUCGUGUCGGUCGGUAAAUUUUGAGACUGUCUCCCGAGACUGCGGACUUUGUAGCGAUGAUACCACAAACACAGACGGACAAAGUAGUUUACAGUUUCGCAGGAAUUCGGUAUUCAGUGAGAAAGGAACGUGCGAACAAGUAAGCGUUCAAUGUACGGAACAAGACAUGUUACUCACAUUAAACUUCCAGUCUCCGUUCAAUGGCAGAGUCUACGCAAAAGGGAAUCCUGUCCAGUGUUUUGUGGUGGGUCAAGGUCAACCUACUCUUCAGUUCGCUAUAUCUUUAGGAAGUCGAUGUGGGACUCGGAAAGAGGGAUUGAAAACUUAUGCAAAUGAAGUGGUGGUCCAACAACAUCCAAUCAUCGUCAUGGAUACAGACAGAACUAUCCGAGUAGUUUGCUCCUUUGAGACAGGAGAACGGACAGUUACCAUGGAAGCGUUUGGUCCAAAUGGAGAGAAAGGUGUAGAAGUGACAACUCGUCGACCUUCCAUUUCUUCUAUUGUAACAAACACUGCAACACCACCUAACGUCGCAAUGAGAAUACUUGACCCAUCAGGAAGAGACGCUCAGGUCGUAGGCCUAGGAGAUGAGCUUGAGCUACGUAUUGACCUGAUGGACUUGGCAACUACUUAUGCAAUUUUUGCACGAAAUCUCUACGCUCGGAGCUCUAACGGAGAGUCACUGUUCCUUAUUGACAGCAAUGGGUGCCCAACUGAUUCUUCAAUCUUCCCAGCCCUUCAGCUCAACACAAGGAACCGAAAAUCGCUCUUUGGAAACUUUAAAGCUUUUCGCUUUCCGUCUACUGGAAGGGUCAACUUUGAAGUCCAGAUACGUUUCUGUCAAGAACAAUGCGAGCCAGUACGCUGUGCCAACAACGUUCAAUCGUAUGGUAGACGAAAAAGAGAUACGAAGGAACUUGUAGUUGGUUCUAAUCAUUUUUCAACUAAACAUUCUCAGAUUUCCAAUGAACCAUCAGAAGGCAAUGGUCAAAUGUCUCAGUCUGAUACUGGAUUAAACAUAUAUCCUGUAAUGGUUCCUCAUAGUGCUGUUAUCGAAGCUACAGAACUAAAACUAAAACCACGUGACUAUCUGAAUGAAAGUGAGAUAUCGACGAUGUCCUCAAUUUCAACUGUUCAGACUACAAGCUCGACAACUGUAAAACCGCUAUUCGAAAUUUCAAAAAAUCAAACCUCAAACGCAUCCAGAAUAGAUUACCCUCCAAGGGAUUCACCGUUUGACAGAGUCUAUGGACAAAGGUAUGAACAAGAUAAUCUUUCGAAGGAAAAUGGUAGUCUUGUGGAUUAUCCUUUAGACGUCGAAAAUUCAUCAUAUCAACAAGAUAUUAUUCUGAAGAAGGACGAUAAUCGUUCUAAUUAUCCUCAAAGUGAGUCACCAUACAAAAAUACCAAUGAAAAACAUGAACAGGUUCCAAAGGAUUUUGAUAAUCAACCAGGAAACGCACGAGCUGGAUCUUCUAACGAUGGUUCUUAUAGUAUACCAUACGGAACGGGAAGUAGUGUAACAAGUCAACAGCAUAACAAGUCAGUGAACCAACAAAGUUCCUGGCCAGAUCACGAUAUCUACAGUGAAUUCCAGGGUAGUGGCACCUGGAAUGAAUCUCCAUUCGGUAAGACGGCCUCUUAUCUACAGAACAAUCCCUAUUCUAACAAAAAUGGCGUCCAAAAACAUUGGGAAGAUGACGACAGGGAAGAGGAUUAUCACAGCCAACAAGGAAUGAUUUCAGAGUUUCAAAAUGGAACACCUGCUAAAGAAAUAGUUGCAAUUACGCAAAGACCUGUUCCUCAAGAAAUUCCUCUUUCUCUAGCUAUAACUGUGGGAGAAGAUCCUGAACCUCAAGAACCAUGGAGCCACACCCGCUACUCAGCGCCAUUUGGCUUAGAAGAAGAAUCAGAUAUGGUUUGCACUUCCCAGUCCACAAUCAUAGCAACUGCCAUAACAUUAUCGUUAUUGCAUUUAAGCCUAUUUGUUGGGGGUUAUUAUUAUUACCGGUGGCACAGGAAGAACAAACGAAAGAAACAGAUGGAUGACCAACUUCCGUUUCCGGUACCAAAUAACACCAAUCCCUCACAGAUCAUCUAUGGAAGUGCUGAUGUAACGUUUCGCAGUGUUUAUGGUGGAUAUGAUUCCCCGCCUUGAUAAAUAACACUAGUAAAUAUUAAACUGAAACACAACUAAAGGUUACGUUAUUUAACUGUUCAAUACCAGAUUCAGUACAGAUCAGGCGGUUUUAUCUUCAUUUCUGUCGCGCCAUUCUGUUUUUCUAAUCUAUAUAAUUGUUUAUUCUGCUUGUCAUCCAAAUUUGAAAGUUCCCUGUGUGUUUGUAAAAUAUUUUAUGUUUGUUAAUUAAUUUGUAAUUGUAUUUUAUUUUCGGGCUGAAGGCGUUGCUAAUUUGUGUUGGUGUUGGGUUAUAUUAGUUAUUGUAUUGGGAUUUCUAAGUAUAUUGUUGAAAAAUAAAAUUGUUUUAUAUAGAGUUAGACAUUAAUAAAUAUUUAUUUUUUUUGUGAUUA